UCUCAAGGUAGGAAAUAUUUAAUCUGUCAUUGUAGUAACCCGGACACGUUUCGAUGAACACCUGAACUGAUUGUAUACUAUUACACAAAUGUUCAACGCUUUGAAGAAUGAGAUAAAUCGACGCGAAACGAAUGUGUGCUAAGAUUUGAGCUUUUGAUGAGUGAUAAAAGGCAGCGAGCGAGGGUCCAGGGCUCCUGGGCCAAACCUCUUCACAAACCACAACAGCCAACUGCUCAAGAUGCCCAGUCAGGGUCAUGGAAAUACGGACCACGAUCAUUUGAGUUCAGUCAGCCAGCUCCCAUCAGAGAGAUUCCCGCAGAGAAAGUGAUCGAAAAUGCCGGGGACUAUGAGAUUAGUCAGGGGCCUACUGGAGUGUCCCGACUGCGGCUCAUACCAGGGUUUCUACAGCAGGAGGAGGCAGACUGGAUGUUUAGUAAGCUGCUUGCUGAACUGCCCUGGUCACAAAAGACCAAUUAUAGGAUGAUGGGUGAUGCAUAUGAGGAACCCAGACUCACUUGUUGGUAUGGAGAGCUGCCGUAUACAUAUUCACGCUCCACUAUGGAGGCCAAUGCUCAGUGGCAUCCAGUUCUUACCACUCUGCGUCAGGCUGUCGAGCAGAAGAGCGGCCACACGUUUAACUCAUUGCUUUGUAACCUGUACCGGGACGGUAAAGACAGUAUUGGCUGGCACAGUGACAGCGAGCCUUCAUUAGGACCCCAGCCCACCAUCGCCUCUCUGAGUCUGGGUGACACGAGAGUGUUCAGUCUCCGAAAGCAGCCACUUCCUGAGGACAAAGGAGACUACAGCUAUGUGGAGCGCAUACGCAUCCCGCUGACCCACGGGACCCUCCUGCUCAUGGAAGGCUGUACGCAGGAGGACUGGCAGCACCAGGUGGCAAAGGAGUACCAUGACCGCGGGCCUCGGAUAAAUCUCACUUUCCGCACCAUGUACCCGGAGCCAGAGCGUCCCAGGUGGAGAUCUGUGAGAUGAUCGCUGAGAGAAGAGUCAGCAGGUUUGAAGCGAUCUGAAGAGGUCUGUCCCAUUCACAGACUAUACUGUUAAACACAUCCUUUCUGUUCAAUUUAGGUUUGAAGACCUGAACAAUGAUAAACUUGACUGGCAUUAAUGUAUUUUUGUUUACAUAAAUGAUUAUUUUCUCACAGCUAUUGUCCACAAAAUAGCUUUUGUUCCUAGAAAGAAUUACAGGUUUAUUACUUGUUUAUGACGUUUGUUUGGAGAAUAUACGUCAAAUAAAUGGUGCCAAGUGGCCUAUAUUUCAGUUACAGCCCCCAAAGGCUCUUUUUAUAGCUAAAUUGCUGUUUAAAUAUUGCAUGUUCUGCAAUUUUUCAUUUAUAGCUUGUGGUGAAUAAACUUGAAUUACAACA